GUCAAGCAAACACAAGCACACUAGCACCACUGGGAGAUCAGAACUUCUAGCUGGCUCUCUGCUGCCACAGCUCCACCGAAGGGUGGGGGAGGAAGAGGAGGAGGGAGCCUUGCCGGGGACUAACCCAGAGCUGAGAGCAGAGGCAGGUGUAUGCAGGCACAUCAUCUGGAUCAUGAGGCCAUCCCUCUUCUUGAUCCUCCCACUUCUCUUCAUCUUGGCCUCAGUGACCCAAGGCCAGCCAACAAGACGACCAAGACCCAGGCCCAGGCCCAGACCUAGGCCCAGGCCCACUCCCAGCUUUCCUCAGCCCCGUGAGCCACUGGAGCCUACAGACCUGCCUCCGCCCCUCCCACCAGGCCCUCCAUCUAUCUUUCCUGACUGUCCCCGGGAAUGCUACUGCCCGCAUGAUUUCCCAUCUGCCCUCUACUGUGAUAGCCGCAACCUUAGAAAAGUCCCCAUCAUCCCAUCCCGAAUCCAUUACCUCUAUCUCCAGAACAAUUUCAUAACUGAGCUCCCAGUAGAGUCCUUCAAGAAUGCCUCAGGCCUGAGAUGGGUCAACCUGGACAACAACCGAAUUCGAAAGGUAGACCAGAAGGUGCUGGACCAACUGCCCAGCCUGGCAUUCCUCUACAUGGAAAAGAACCAGCUGGAAGAGGUGCCCUCUGCCCUCCCCCCAAACUUGGAGCAACUGAGGCUAAGCCAGAACAAGAUCUCCAAGAUCCCUCCUGGUGUCUUCAGCAGGUUGGAGCACCUACUGCUCCUGGAUCUCCAACACAACAAGCUAAAUGAUGAAGUCCUCAGGCCAGACACCUUCAAGGGCCUCAAGAGCCUCAUGCAGCUCAACUUGGCCCACAACACCCUGAGAAAGAUGCCACCCAAGGUCCCCACAGCCAUUCACCAGCUCUACCUGGACAGCAACAGAAUAGAGUCGAUCCCUAAUGGAUACUUCAAGUCCUUUCCCAACCUGGCCUUCAUUCGCCUUAACUAUAACAAGCUCUCUGACCGGGGGCUCCCCAAGAACUCCUUUAACAUCUCCAACCUGCUUGUGCUCCACCUGUCACACAACAAGAUCAGCAAUGUGCCUGCCAUUAGCAACAAACUGGAGCACCUAUACCUCAACAACAACAGCAUUGAGAAGAUCAAUGGAACUCAGAUUUGCCCCAACAACCUGGUCACCUUCCAUGACUUCUCCUCGGAUCUGGAGAAUGUGCCACACCUCCGCUACCUGAGGCUGGAUGGGAACUACCUGAAGCCACCCAUCCCGCUGGACCUCAUGAUGUGCUUCCGCCUGCUGCAGUCUGUGGUCAUCUAGGUCUUGCUCUGCCCUGGGUCUCUUCUGACCACAUUUGAAUGCUGGUGGCCCAGGCACCUGAGCUCCCCAUUUGUUUUCUCUAUCCUCCUGUCUUUCUCCCAGCUUUGCCUUUCUUAUCCAACCUUGCUGAAGUAGGACAGGCCACAUAUUGCUGCACCUGCAGCUUCUAGGGAAAGACUUCCCAGGCCUGGGUUGGGUCCACCCAGCCUAAAGACACCCACUGUAUACCCAAACUUCUGACCCCAGAAGCACAGAUGUCUGCCUAAAGAUUUAAUAGUCCCUUCUCUCCUCACCUUCCCCUGUCACUCCUGGGUGAAUCUGGACCUGGACUGACAUCUGGACCUCAGUCCUGGUGAACCAGGAAAAUGGCCAGGGGUGGCCAGGAGGUGAGGCUCACAAAGUCCUGCACAAGACUCCUUUGUGGGCAACUCUGACCUCACAGGGCCAAAAAACUCAGGCUUUGUUGGCCAAGGAUGAUCCGUCUUGCAAAACUGCUGCUCCACCACUUGUUUGCUGGCACCAGACAUCACACUGGCUCUCUGCCAGCUUGUGUUCUCAAAAAGAAAGUGCAAGGACAUGGACAGGGAGGGCAGAGGGUCAGCAUUCCCACAAGGACCUGCAUCUGGCCUACUCUCCAUAGGGGGAAGCUAAGGCCCUCUUUCUCCAGGGUGAACAUAGCUCACACUCUUCUAAAUGGGCCCCUGUGGUCCAAGAGGGAAAGCAGGGAGAAAUAGUCCAGGAGAAGAAUGACUCAGAUUCUAAGAAUUGGCCAGCGGGGGAGGGGUGGGAGUCAGAGCCCUGGAAUGGGCCAGUGAGGUUGCAAAUGGGUCCUGCAGCCCCCUUGGCCACUCUGAACAAGAGGCCUGGUGCCUGGGGAACACAAUGUCCACUGUGGAGGGUGCAGAGUCACCAACCCCACCCUGACAUCUGUUCUCUAUCAACAUGGAUGGCCUAACCCUUUCCACCCGCAGAGAAAUUUCUGAGAAACCUGCAAGAAGGGGUGGGGCACCUGGAAAUUUCCCAGAAGCCUCUUCCUUGUGUUCAAAUUAGCCUCCUCUCUAAGACAGACACAUCAGUGACACCUGGUGGCUGGUGCAGGUCACAGAUGGCUCCUCCCCUUCAUCUCUCUGGGGGUAAGUUUCAAGUUUAAGAGUUCCAACUUGAAGAGCCAGGAGCCAUGUGCAUGAUCUCUCCCUCUCUCCUCUGGGGUCUAAAGGGCACAGAGCUACAGUGGCCCUAAGGUGGGACUUGAGAGUGGCUCAUUCCAUCAUGUGUGAGCACCAGUGGGAACCUUAGGGACCAGCAGAGAAUGUGGUCUCUUCCCCUUCACUCUCUGAACUUGUGGUGCAUUCUGCUCUCAGCUCCCAUACUCUGUAAACCCCUCUAAGUCCCCUCUAGCACUCAUGUUCCAUUCUGUGGCUCUGCCCUUUAGACCUUGUUCUAAUGCAAGACAAGUCCUAAAUAUUAUCCACUUUCCUUGCAGUUAUUUAUUCCCUGUAUGGAUGUCCCUCCCUCAGCCUUCCCACCCUCCCUGUCUGACCCAGGUGAAGCUUGGCUGACCUCCAAGGGAGCCUGGGUCCCAAAAUCUCACCUGCAUCUUCCCCUGACCUGCCUCUAAGGGAUGCUGCUCCUCUACAGUCCUUGAGUGUAUAUGUUGGUGGGGUGGGGUGGAUGUUCUAGAAAUGAGUAGUACAUAGUUGCCCACCCUCAAGAUGGGUUGAGCAAAAGUACAGAGAUUUUUAAGAAACUGUACUAAGCUAGACCCCUAACUUCAAAAAGUUUCCAUUAUACUCAUUCUCAAUUUCUCUUUUUCUAAUUCACAGAAAACAGAGCCCAUUCAAUCCUAGCCUCCUUCACUAUGCUCCUAUAAACUGCCUCAUUCUUCUGACCUACAGCUGGUUUCUCCAAGGCUCCUGCUUAAAGUCAAUAUAGUAUUGUGGCUAUAGGCAACCUGGUGCUCUGGCCUGGAUAAACCCCCUUCUGCGCCUUAUUCACCUCUUUCAACCUCAGCUGCUCUGACGAGGCCCUGGGGGAACACAGCUCCAUGGCUCAGUGGAGGGGGGUCAUCCCCCUGCUUCUGCAAACCCCAACUAGUUUGUUUCAGCAACAACACAAUCACCAUCAUCCCAUAACACCAUCUAGAAUAAAUGCUCCCUCCAUCACUUUCUGCAGCUGUAAGCCAGAGAGGAUUGAGUUAAACUGAUUACAGCAAACCCUGUCCCCCACUGCACUCCCACACACAUACACAAUGUGCUGAUUUCCCUUGGAUUUCAGGAAGCCUCUCCUCCACACACAACUGUAUCUCCCAGUGCUGUUGGUAUCUACAUAUACAGGUGUGUAAGUAGGAGUAUAUGUGUACUCUGUUCAUAUAGCUGUUUUGGAAGACCACAUUAACUUUGUGACACAACUUUUGCAUUCCAACAUGCUUCACAGCAGAAGAAAUAAAGUAAUAUCAAAAACA